AUGUCGCUUUUAACACCUACUGAGGCACAUGCCUUCCAGAAAUUCCUUUCGUCACUUGACACUACCGACUUUUCAGCGGCAUGGAACAUGGAGCUAGAAGUCUCACACGAGCAUAUGCCUCCAGCGCAUGGAAGAGAGGCCUUGGCUCAAGCAACCAAAGACCUUAUGUCACUCGAUACGGAUAAAUGGCGCUAUCCACUCGCUCGCUCUCCUUCAUCUCGCGAGUCUCCGACGGAACUGCCGGUUCACCGUCAUUCCCAGUCACAGCCAAACUCUUUGUCAUUUCUCUAUUCUACUCGUCGAGAACGACGCGUAGACGGUAAUGACGCCACCACAGGUCAUUCCCAGCUCAUGCCCUCCCGCAAUCGCCCACACAUACCCCCUCUCCAACGAACUGCGGAUCCUUUAUCAGUCUCCACCAGAACUAGAGCAAAAACGUUUGCUUUCGAUAACACAUCAUCUUCAUCAUCGAGUCAGUCUCCUAUCGACCCGUCUUCCUCAGCUACAUCCUUCUCUACGCACCAUACCACUCCUGCACCGGUCUUGUCGAAUAAACGAUCCCCACCACUGGAUCACAAUGUCUCCAAUAAACGGCGGAGACAGUCAUCAGUUACAUCGCAACAAUUUGCGAGUGACGCUGGUAGAGCAUCGACGCUCCUAUCACCCUCCCAGAAAAAAGCAAAUCAUAUACAAUCGGAGCAGAAGCGCAGAGCUAAUAUAAGAAGGGGUUAUGAGGCUUUGUGCGACAUCGUCCCGUCUCUACGGGAAGCCAUGUUGGCUGAGGCAAUGGAAGAAGAAGAAGAAGCAGCGAACGGGAAGAAAGCUGGCAGAAGACGGUGCAAAGGGAAGGCUUCAAACGACGACAGUGAGAAGGUCGACGGCAGGGCCGGUCCAAAAAGCGAACAUGUUGUGCUGUCAAGGACUAUCGAUUACAUCACAGAGCUUUUGUCACAGCAUGAUAUCUUCAAACAGCGCCUAAUGGUAGCGAGAAGUGCCCUCCCCCUUGAUCAUCCAUUACUACAGCGUCACCCCGACGCUCCUCCCCCGCUAUGGGAACGUAAAUGGACUGGUGGUGAAGCAAAGGAUGGUGACGAGGAGGACGAGGAGGAUGAAUCGUAG